AAUACCGAACCUCUCAGAUCUGUUUAUAAAAGCCGGUUUAUUUGGAAUAGAUUUGUGCAAACAAAUAAGAAAAAAGUGCCGGAAGCAAUAGGUGUUGUAUCAGGCUGUGUCUUUUUAGUUACAAGUUUCAUAUUUAUACCAAUAGUGUUUGGUAAUGGUUUGAUGGACACACAAAAUUUUCCUCAUAAUGAGUUUGCAGAACUGUUAGCAGGGUUGCUGUCCAUCUGUUGCAUGCUUCUUCUGGGCUUUGCUGAUGAUGUCCUAGACUUGAGAUGGAGAUACAAGUUAUUACUACCAACAAUGGCAUCACUGCCACUGCUGGUGGUAUACUAUGUAAAUUUCAACUCCACUACUUUUGUUGUUCCUAUACCCUUAAGACAAUGGCUGGGAAUUUCUGUUAACAUAGGAUUCCUUUACUACAUUUAUGGAAUGUUAGCAGUUUUCUGUACGAAUGCAAUUAAUAUUUUAGCGGGUAUCAAUGGACUGGAAGUGGGACAGUCAGUUGUUAUAGCUUUAUCAAUAAUUAUCUUCGACAUUAUUGAAUUAAGAGGAGACCAAUAUAAAGCACAUACCUUUUCAUUGCAUAUCAUGAUACCUUAUUUGGCAACUACAUUAGCAUUGUUGAAGCAUAAUUGGUACCCAUCAAAAGUAUUUGUUGGAGACACAUUCUGCUAUGUCUCUGGAAUGACAUUUGCUGUAGUAGCCAUAUUAAUUGCUUCAAUCCAACACUGA